UGACGAGAAGAGGCUCUGGGGAUGCAACCUGGACAACACGAAGAGGCUCUGGGGAUGCAACCAGAACAACACGAAGGGGCUCUGGGGAUGCAACCAGGACGACGCGCAGGGGUUCUGAGGAUGCAACCAGGACGACGAGAAGAGGCUCUGGGGAUGCAACCAGGACUCCUAGAACCCUCACUAGGAAGCCAACUGAGAAGACUGAAACCAGUGCUGCGGAGGUAACAAAGGCCCCUACAUCUGUUGUCUGCAGAGCUUCUAGUAUGGUGUUGGAGCUGCCUAAGGAACCUCUAAAACGUGUCCUGUUUCUAGAUAAAUCCAACCAGUGGGUAGCUGUCAUUGAUGCUCCUGAGUACUGCAACUACACCUUGUCUCAGGGAAUCGGAAGGAACUUCUUCAUAACGCCCUACACAGCCUGUGAUGUCAGGAUACUGAAUAAAAACUAUGUUUUGAAGCUAUGGUAUCUGACAACUGGUGGAGAAAAAGGGUAUGUGCUGAUGAAAUGUCCCACUAGUGCUGGAGAACCAACAAUAUCGCCACUCCCUCCCUUUGGGGUGUCUGUCAUCUGCAGUGAUACUUGCAUGACAGUGGAGCUUCCUGGGGGACUUCUAGAAGAUAUCCAAUUAAUGGAUGAAUCCAAUAACUUGGUAGCUGUUGCCAGUGCUCCCAAGACUUGUGGCUACAGUUUGGUGAGAGGGAACGACAAGAACAUCUUGACUGCCCCCUACAAUGCCUGUAAUGUCAAGAUACUGAACAACUUCUAUAUCCUGAGAGUCCUUUACACCACUCUUACUGGGCAGCAUGGAGAUAUACAUGCCAAGUGUCCUGUUCCUGGUCUAGUACCACGUGAGGGUUGCAAGAUACCAAGAAGUCAGCAGGUUGCUUGUGGUCCACCUAAUGCUGAUCCACAACUGUGUGUGGCCAAUGGAUGUUGUGUGGAUGCAACAACUUCCCAGUGUUACUAUCCUUUGGAUGCAUGCACAGCAGAUGGGCAUUUUGUAUUUGCAGUUUACCGCACCUCAACCAAGCCUGAAAUAGAUCCUGGUAGUCUAGUAAUUUCAGGAAACCAAUCCUGUGCCCCUGUAAUCUGUACUCCAGACUUUGCUAUCUUCAAAUUCCCAGUGACUGGCUGUGGGACACAUGUCUUUAUGGUGGCAGAGACUACAAUCUAUCUUGCUGAAGUUCAUGGCAUGGUUCGAGGGACCGGGCAGGUGUAUGGAGAAAUUACCAGAGACAGCUCUUACCGCCUCCAGGUGGAAUGUCGCUAUUCUAAAGGAAGUUUGGCCAGCACUGGUUACUUGGUGGUGAACCCACCGCCUCCAUCAGCCACCUUGGCUUUUGGCUCACUUGGGGUUAGGUUAAGGAUUGCCACAGAUGCCAGCUACACAACUUUCCACCCACUGUCCCAUCUGCCCCUGAGCUUCUUACUUGGAAGCAAGGUGUAUCUGGAAGUGCAGCUUAUGAACCCUCCUGACCCCAAUGUAGUUCUGCUGGUCCACUACUGCAUCGCCUAUCCCCAGUCCUCUCAAGCUGCCUGGGUGAUCCUCUAUGAAGGUUGUCCAAACAUCCUGGAUUACAGCAGUGCUGCUGGCCUCCAUGUCGAAUACGAUAACAUGCCUGUAUCCAAGCACACUCGACGCUUUGAAAUACAAAGCUUCCAGUUCCUGGACUACAAGACCAAGCAGCAUUUGGAUGAGGAUAUCUAUUUUAUGUGUUCAACUGAAGUGUGUUCCCCAAAACGCAGUGUUUGUAAUGAAGGAUGCUUUGAUGGGAGAGAUAUGCCUGUUCCAGUAGAUCUUGGUGUGGGAGGGCGCUGUGCAGGAAAGCCUUGUCCUGGGAAUGUAGUCAAGCGAGCUGCUCAUGGUGAAGGAACCUUCAUUUUGGAUGAGAAUGUGCCACAUGAACAAACGGAGAAGCAAUGGACGCACUUCCAUGGUCUCCUGGGGCUGCUUGGUUUGCUGGUCCCGGUAUCUGUUGUAAUACUCUUCCUCAAGAAAUGGGUUGUCUGGAAAUUGUCAGAUCCUGGAGAAGCAGUCUAACUUGAAUAAACAUAACUUGUUUGAAA